AUGGGAGGAGUAGCAGAUGGGCAUGCUGAGAUGGGGGAUGUUAGUGAUUAUGAGCUGUCUCAUCAUGUUCGGGAAGCCCUAAAAUCUGUUCUAUUGGGUGAUACCGAUGAAUAUGAUCAAAUCAUUGGGAAUAUGCAUCACAAUGUGCACCUAGUCCCUGAUGAAGUUGCCAUGCUUGUGACAAUUCUACGGGCCUUAUCUGGAGCAGUUUCCUACAUUGAUGUUGUACAUCACCGUUCUCUUCUUUCUUCUAUAUGUGGAAUGAGCUUAUGGAACUAUGGGCCAGAUGUGAUGGAUGCAUUGGUUGAAUUAGUAGUAGCCUUGGCUUCCUCAAGUGGAAAAUAUGUUGAUUUGUGUUUGGAUAUGCUUGUAAGCAACUUCAUUCCACCUUACAAUUUCUUGGAGAUAUUGAAGCAGCCACGUGGAUUAGCAAAAAAAGAUCAAGUUCUUACUCGUGUACAUUCUGCACUCAAAGGUAUUGCUGAUUUAGUGCCAUUAGCACCUUCAAGAUUGGAACAAAUUGUCAGAGAAAGGGUUCCAAAUGUGUUCUCCAAAGAAGCUCAAAUGGUUGUGUAUGUGGAGAACAUGUUAAUGUUGGAGAGUGGUGAUAUGGGAGAGCUUGUUGGAAAUGCUAUGCUUUUUGAAUUGGUGAAUAGGCUUAUAGACCUAGAUGUGGAGAUAGGAUGGGAUGAAAUUUUGCUUGAUGAUCCAAGUAAAGGCAUCUUUGAAAUGGAGCUAGAAGAUAUGGCUAGACCUGUAGAUGAAACUGAGAUUGAAAUGGAUGAGCCUCAGAGAGAAUAUUCUGGAAGAAAAGUUCUUUGGGGAAAUGUAGUUGCUCAAAAGUUGGAUACUUUGAUGGUUCUUACCUUUGAUCACCUUCAAUCAUGUUUCAAAAAUGGCAGAUUGGUUCAGGUAUUUGAGGUGCUUCUUCAGUCAUUUCAGAGCACUGUGUUGAACGCAUACAAGUCAAAGUUUGCUCAAUUUGUAAUGUUCUAUGCUUGUUCACUUGACCCUGAAGACUGUGGGACCCUAUUCGUGAGUAGACUUGUUGAAAUCUUUAAAAGCACCAUCUAUCCUCAAGAUUGGAGAAUGAGUGCUGUUGCUUAUCUUGCAAGUUACCUGUCUCGUGCAAAGUUCUUGUCUGCUUCUUAUGUCACAAUCAUAUUGGAAAGUUUGGUGGAUUGGUGUUCUAAAUAUUGUGAAAACCUGAGCAGUGGUGAAAUAAAUCCAAAAGUUCAUCGAGUUUUUUAUGCUGGAUGCCAGGCGAUUAUGUAUGUACUUUGCUUUCGUAUGAGAUCAAUUCUGGCUUUCCCAAGACUAAAAUCUCAGCUUUGUAACAUGCCAUUAGAGACAAUUUUGAAGCAUGCAUUGAACCCAUUAGAGGUGUGCUUACCAUCUAUAGUAGAGGAGUUCUUGAGUCGAGCUAAAGCAGCUGGUUUGUUUCAUGUUGAGGGUAUUUUUGUCUUUCAUGAUUUGCUUGAAUCCGAAUUAUCUCGAGCUUUUGGUGGAUUUGAAAGGCUUGAUUUGUUCUUCCCUUUUGAUCCGUAUUUGUUGAAAAAAUCUGACAGUUUCAUCCGACCAAAUUUCAUAUACUGGUCAAUGGUGAGAACAACUUAUGAUGAUGAAGAAGAAGAUGAUGAUGAGGAAGGUAUUAGUGAUGAAGAUGAAGCCACUGAUGGGGUCUCUAAUGGAAGAGAGCCCAUGAGCUAUGAAGAUGAUGAUGAUGAUGAUUUUGACAUGAACUUGAGUAAAAUGUCCAUUACGCCCCGAAACAACACCUUCAUGUUUGGAAACCAAGAAGAUAAUCAAAGAAUGCGGAUGCCAUCUAGAAUCAGACCCUCCACAAGUCCAGAAUCUUUAUAAAUUCUGUUUUUUUUUUCUCCCAUGGGGGAAAUGACAUAAAUACCCUUUGGUGGCUGAGUAGCACACACUGUGUGAUUGUGCUUUAUUAUUAUGAGUGGAAAUGUGUUUGAAGUUGAAUGUGGUUGUAAUAUUGAUAGAUUAGUUGUUAUAUUUUUGUUUUAUAGUGUGAUCAAGAACAAUGGGAUUGAAUUGGUAAUUAGAUGUUUUAGCUCGGAAUUUACACUAAAGAAU